CAGACGCAUCAGUUUGUGAGGCAAAAACCUGAGGAAGAAAAACUUAUAUAGAAGAGAAAAGAGAAAGGAAGACAUAAUUAUUGAACAUCAUGAAGAUCUGUGUGUUCCGGUUGCAGACUCAUCAGUGGUGCUUCCUCUUGUGUAACGUCAUCUUGUUUCACGCUCUGCUCUUUGGAGGUGACAUAGUGGAAGAGUUUCUCCUACAGUCGUCUCCUGCCGCAUACACUGACCGAUUCGUCCUCGAGGUUCGAGAACGGGCACGGAAGCUAGACCUUACUGACCUCAGGGUCAACACCUCACAGCUCUAUCCCAUUAACACAGAGCCCUGCCUUCCUCAUCUGGACCUCCUCAUCCUCACAGUUGUCCUGAGUUCACCUGGAAAUUCAAGUCAAAGGGAGGCAGUGCGACACUCAUGGGCCAAUCAGACAGUAGUGCAUAAUGUUGCCGUACGGACUGUGUUUUUCCUUGGCUCCUCCCCUUUGGGGGCAGAGCUUGGAGUAAUAAAGGAGGAGUCUGAUCGAUAUGGUGACAUUGUGCAGUUUGAAGGAGGCAUUUCAAGAGGAGAUUGGCAGAGAGGACAUUGGGAACAAGUUAAAAUGGCACUAAAAUGGAUCUUACAUUUUUGCCCACAAGCCCGAUUUAUCAUCCUUUCUGAGGAUUCUGUGUAUUUAAACCUUCCCGCGCUUACAUCAUACUUACUAGGAUUGAGAACGCACCCAGAUGACCUUUAUCUCGGUAGGGUCAUCCAUCGGGCCGCACCUGAGAGAGACCCCGAUAAACCGCAUUACCUGCCCUAUCAGGUGUAUCCCGAUAAGUACCUCCCAGAUUACUGCUCCGGCCCAGCGUUCCUUCUAUCUCAAGACGUGGUGAGAAAAAUUUACGUUGCAGCUGAGGACGCAUCGUUGCCCCUGCCCUCUGACGUUCUGAUUGGCCUGUGUGCAAGACGGGCAGGUGUGGUGGCCACUCACAGCGCUCGUUUUUCUGGCAACAGACACAUUCGCUAUAACCCCUGCUGUUACAACUUCCUGUUCAGCUCUGCCGGGAUGGGAGUUAGGCAAAUGGGCGUGGUUUGGCGAGAUUUAGGGGCAGGGAAGGGGAGGAGCUGUGGCAUGCUAAAGACUUAUUAUAGUUUGGUAGUGUGCAAAGCAAUGACCUACCUAGAUAAACUCUCCUUUCUGAAUAAUGAAUACAGCCAGGGUUAAGAUGAAUGCGAGUGCGCCUCUUUAGCUGUAUAGAUUGCUGCAAAUAUUGAAUUUGACAAAAAUGGCAAAGUAUUAAAAUUGAUCUGUUUAAGUAUUUAAAGGGGCAGUUCACCCAAAAGGGAAAAAUCUGCCAACAUUUACUCACCUUUAACUUGUUCUAAUACGCUUGAUUCAUGCGGCCACCAUUUUAAAAAACGAAAGUGAGGCUGCGGUGGGAAGAAACCCAGAAGUAUAGCAUCAGCACUGUAAACAUUGCAAUAA